GAGUGGCUUGGCAGUCAAUUAAUGAAAUUGAAUAAAUGAAGUUAACAUCUAAGUGAAAGAUAUCUAAGAUGUGAGAAAGUGUGUUUUUGCGCCUCAGGGUCACGCCUUCUGCAGCCAGCGGCGCGUGCAGAACUCUCCAUGCAAUGACAGUGAGACAGAUGCAUGAGUAAAUAAAUGAGCACCUCUGAUUAUCACCAACUCGUUAAACGGGAAACUUGAUGGCGUUUUAAUAGACAAAAUGCUGGCUCCUGCAUUGGGCAUGCUCAGUGUGAUGUGAGAGAGGAGAACAGGCAGUUUGGGCGUUUUUGUUUGUUUGUUUUUUUCAUUGAGGAGGCUUGACGCCUUCUCGAGUCUAUUUGAUCGUGUAGCAGCCCUGAGAACACGACUGGUCUUCCUUCCAUCAGGCUGAGGACACGCUCCGCUUUGCAAAAGCGCCGACGGACAGCGAGGGGGAACGUCUGCGCGUAAUGUAGCAUUCAUCUGUGGAGACAAAGACCUGCUGCUUCGUGGCAGCGCGUCGUCAAAGCGGAGGGAGCGCGCAGAGCGGGGUGUGAAGGAGGCGAGUCUGUGGGCAGCAGGGACCGAGCCGCGCAGCCUCUCCAUCAGGCGCUGUCCGCUCAGCACCACCGCAGUCACCUUGCUGUGAAAGUCACAAACCCGCUUGUCUGAUCAGUCGGAGCAAUCUGGUCUUCAGAGAUAGAUGUUAUCAGCUGCUGGCUGGGAGGAAGACUGCCAUGCUCCUGUCUCGACAUCUUGGAUCUGUGACGUCUGUUCUCUCCCCUUGGCUCCAGUCGGUUUGGAUUUAGGCUCCUCCGCGGUCACUACAGGUGUCUCAGAUCCUCCAGUUCUGUAGACCAUGCAGGGUGUGAAUGGAGUUUGGCCUGAAACGAAGGAGCUCUGAUUCCUUCCUCAGCUGCUGAGAGGCGACAGGUUGCUUUGUUUGUGCGUAAUCGUGCGCCUCAGCCUCAUCACUUGUGUGCAUAGUUCCAAGGUGCGCCUGUUUACCUUUGCGAUGAGGGGAACUUAUUGGAGAAAUGCCUAAGGGACGCAAUGGGCCUGAGCGACGACAAGGAUCGCAUUGUGAUAAACGUGGGAGGGAUCAGACAUCAGACGUACCGCAGCACCCUGCGCACCCUACCUGGCACCCGCCUGUCCUGGCUGGCCGAACCUGAUGCGCCCAACCACUUUGACUAUGAUGCCAAGAUCGAUGAGUUUUUCUUCGACCGCCACCCGGGCGUUUUUGCACAUAUCCUCAAUUACUACAGAACAGGUAAACUCCACUGCCCGGCUGAUGUCUGCGGGCCCCUCUAUGAGGAGGAGCUGGCCUUCUGGGGCAUUGAUGAGACAGACGUGGAGCCAUGCUGCUGGAUGACCUAUCGCCAGCACAGGGAGGCAGAGGAGGCCCUUGAUAGUUUCGGCGGGGGGGGUCUGUUAGACCUGGGGAGCGAUGAUCCAGAGCCAGAGCCGGAGCACACUGAGGAUGAGGUGGACGAGAUGACAAGGAGGCUGGCGCAGGGGGACUCCCCCGAUGCCAGGAGUGGGAGCCUGUGGAGCCGCUGGCAGAAGCGCGUUUGGGCUCUGUUUGAGGACCCUUACUCUUCUAAAUAUGCAAGGUGGAUAGCUCUGGCCUCGCUGUUCUUCAUUCUGGUGUCCAUCACCACUUUCUGUCUGGAGACCCACGAAGCUUUCAACCCAAUCGUCAACCGCACAUACGUGGAACACACGUUCAACAGCACAACGGAGAUCACGUACCCGGAGACUGAGACGGCAGCCUACCUCACCUACAUUGAAGGCGUUUGUGUGGUGUGGUUCACUUUUGAGUUUCUAAUGCGAAUAACUUUCUGCCCAAACAAGUUUGAUUUCAUUCGUAACGCGCUGAACAUCAUCGACUUUGUGGCCAUUCUGCCCUUCUACUUGGAAGUUGGCCUCAGCGGGCUGUCCUCCAAGGCAGCCAAGGAUGUGCUGGGUUUCCUGAGGGUGGUCCGAUUCGUGAGGAUCCUGCGAAUCUUCAAGCUGACCCGCCACUUUGUGGGACUGCGCGUUCUGGGCCACACGCUGAGGGCCAGCACCAACGAGUUCCUCCUCCUCAUAAUCUUCCUCGCUCUCGGUGUCCUGAUCUUUGCCACUAUGAUCUACUAUGCUGAACGGAUUGGCGCUAACCCCAACGACCCUCGUGCUAGCGACCAUACACAAUUCAAGAACAUCCCAAUUGGAUUCUGGUGGGCUGUAGUGACCAUGACGACGCUUGGCUAUGGGGACAUGUACCCAAAAACGACAUUUGGCAUGCUGGUUGGAGCUCUGUGCGCCCUGGCAGGUGUGCUCACUAUCGCAAUGCCCGUCCCUGUGAUCGUCAACAACUUUGGAAUGUAUUACUCGUUGGCCAUGGCGAAGCAGAAACUACCAAAGAAAAAGAACAGGCAUAUCCCUCGGGCACCCCAACCAGGUUCUCCCAACUAUUGCAAAGCAAGCAUCAGCUCCCAGCAUCCAAGUCCCAUUGCCAACGACGACGUUUUCGAGAUUAAGUUUCAAGACUCCAAGCUGAAUGGCGAGGCAGCGAACGCGGCUCUGGCUAAUGAAGACUGUCCCCACAUAGACCAGGCUAUAUCUCCGGAGGAAAUCUUCAGCCCCAGCGAGAGAGAGCGGCCCUGCUUUCUGGUCACCACUGCUGAACGCCCCAACCACACUGGGGGCAGAGUGAAGAGGGAGACCCAACGACAGCAGCGGAGCAGACAACCAACAGAGUCAGUUUGUGUUAUGAACCAUGGUGUACCAACCACUAUGUGUAUGACCCAUAAUGGCCCAUCACCCACCUGAUAGUGCUAUAGCAUUGUUGUGUGUAUUACUUAGGAUUUUUUUUAAAGGGGUGUGACAGUGAGAACCUGUACAUCACAAACUCAGCAUAGAUGUAGCACUGAGGACGUUUUGUUGUCAAGCCUUAUGUAGCUCAGUAUCUGUGACUGGUUACUGUGUUGUAAUUUGUGUGCCUCUAUUUUCAGUGUGUGCUAGUGCUGUAAAUACGCUUCUUUUGUGUGCUGAAAGUUGUGUGUACCAAUGUUUCGAGUGAUCAUCUUAUAUUUGUGUGCUUCCUCUGUCAAAAAAAAAAAUGUCGCUCCACAUAUUUUUUUUAAUUUUUAAAUCACACUACCUUCAGCAAAAAAAAAAAAAAAUCACAUGUAAUGUCAGCCAAAUUUGACAUUUUAGGACAAAUGAUUACCUUUGCACUGUCAUAGUCAAACCUAUAUAGACUUUUGCACUGUUUUGCACCAGUGAAUUUUUAAAAAAUCCAUUUGUUACAUUUUCCAAGCAGCAUAGAAAACAUAAAAGACAAAAGAUGUCUUUUAUGUUAACGGAGCAUAUUUAAAACUUAAGGGCCGAAUCUGAAUUUUUCUCCUACCUCUUCGGCUUCUCCCUACCCCUCCAAUUGCAGAGGCAUUUGGGUGGGUAGGGGUAGUUUUUUUUAAGGACUAACCCUCGCGGCGGAGGGAAACAGAGUCCUCUGCCACGAGGGUGUUCCGUGUCUCGCUGUGCUGUGGAGGAAAAGUACUUUUCUUCACGUGGGUGUGCUCUGACGCACAGAAGUUUACAUUUAAAUGUAAGUACUGACUUUUUUUUUUAGCACGACUUUAUACAUUUAUAAAACCGACGAUAUGUAUUUUAGCGUGCUAGCAGCUCCACGCUAACGUAGCUGACCGGCAACUAUUGAUGACAUCAUCGGGUGGGAGUAAAGUCCGAAUUUGUAGACACUGGGUGUGUCCGAAUUCCCCCCCAAUCCUUAACUAUUAAAUAACUAUAAAGUGCUGGACUAUCUAGUGCUCUGGAUUUUAAAAGCAAUUUGGAUGUGAUGCUCACUACUUUACUUUCUAAGCGGCGGAUAUUAGGUGUGAAAUUCGAAUCAAUACGAACAUUUUACGACGUCUAUUUGUGACUCCACUGGUGAUAAAAAUGUGGAUAGUUUGACCGCACUGGAUUGUGUUUAAAAUACAGGGCACUAGAUAGUCCCACACUAUAUAGUUUUUUAGAGAUUAGGGUGGGAAUUCGGACAUAGUCACUACUUUUCCAUAACUCUCCAUUUGGAGGGCUAAAUGUAGGGGUAGGGAGAAGUCAUAGGGGUACGGGAAGAAUUUGGAUUCGGCCUAAAACUGUAAGUGGUAUUGUGAGCAUUUGUGAAAAAAAUCUAUCAAGAAUCAAUUAAAAAAAAAGUUUAGAAAGCAAAAAGAAUCACACGUAAUAGCAAAAUAGGUGAUACUUUUCAUUGACAAUCAUACACUUUUUUUUCCAUUAGCAAUUUAAUAUUUUAGUUAUCAACACCAGCUAAUUACAAACCAUCAAACUGGAAAAGUGCCUCUGUUAUGUAGAUUGUUUUAACCAUUCAGGAGUUCACACAAUUUUUGUUUUAGUUAACAACAACCAGCACAAGUUCAGUGCUCUAAAAACGUGCACCACAGUCCCUUACUGGAUCAAGCUUUGUUAAAAUCAGAAAGAACACAAAUGUUAAUUGUGUGUUGAAGUUAGAAGGGACCAACUUUUUACUGCUCAACUGCAAACACACUGCCUACCACUUGCCUAAAUCUGUGUGCAGUCAGGGACAGUGAGCUGAAUCUGCCAAAAGAGGAGAAGGGGCAUGAAAACUGUGCACUGACACAGAAAUAAGAAAAAAAAAAAAAACGUACAAAGAUAACUUAAGAGGCAAAUAAUGUGUGCCAUCCAGCAAGAUUUCAGUGUGUGUUUGGAACAAUGUGGUUGCUAUUUUUUACAGUUCAGUGACCGUUUUCUGGAUUGGUUUGUUGUUUAGAGGUCUUCCCUUUUUUGUGUCUUUUUUGACCAAUAUCGUUCCGAUCUGUACAAUAAAUAGCAAAUAAAAAAAAAACCUAUAGAAAUAAUCAAUUUUCAA